AUGACGAUUUGUUGCAACUCAUGCCCUGUUAGUGAAAGACGAGAUUCAUCUUCAAGCUCUCACAAGAGAGCUAUGACUGUUCGCCACAGAGUCUGCAAACGAUUCAGAUCCACCAAGGGGGCGUCCAAAGCCAGACGGGACCACAUCAAUGGAGAAAUCCGGAACAUGCGAGCACUGUUGCCCAUCUCCCAGGAAGACCAGGAGAGGCUCUCCUACUUACAUUCCAUGUCAGUCAUCUGCACCUUCAUUAGGAAGUCUGUUCUCUUCCAGGGUCUCCCUGCAGUUCCUGGAGAAAAAAACAGAACAAAGUCCUGCCUUCCUUUUGAGGAGUUUCUGCAGGCCUUGCCUGGCUUUAUCGUCGUUAUGACCAAAGAGGGAAAGCUGGUUUACGUAUCUGAAAAUGUGUCUGAAUAUCUGGGCUUUUCAAUGGUGGAUGUACUACAAGGAGACACUUUCUAUGAUAUGGUGGAAAACUUCGACACAGACAUUGUGAAAUUCAGUUUAGAGGAUGAUGGUACUUCUAGAGAAAGGAGCUUUGUGUGUCGGAUGCACACCUCCAAAGCUUUCCGGCUCCAACAUGGCAGCUGCGGCUCCAUGCUGGUCAGGGGACGCUUCCAGACCAGCCCACAAUCCUCCCUGUUUGUGGCACUGUGCACGCCCACGGUGAAUCGACUGAGAGACAGCUACCCACUGUGCUUUGCACCACAUUUCCAGACACUCCACCAACCAGACAUGAGAUUCACACAGGUGUCCGACAGUGUGCAGUUUCACCUUGGUUACACUGCUGAUGAGAUGAUUGGUCAAUCCUGGUACAGCCUCCUUCAUCCCGAUGACCUAUCCUUGAGUGUGUGUGGACACAAGAAUUUGGUUGAAGAGGAUGAAGACACAAAGGUAGAGAUGGUGCUCAGAGUGCAGUGUAAGGACUUCACAUGGAGCUGGCUCUAUAUUUAUGCAGCUAAAGACUCUGGGAAACAAAACAUCAACUGCACAAACUAUAUAAUCAGUGAAACAGAGGCAAAUUUCCUAAAGCAGAAAAUCCAUAGCAACACCUUGAGAGUGUCCACACAGACCCUCUGCAUUUCCACAAUGUCUCAGAUGCCCUGUGGCUCUGGUGACAGCAGGUCUUCUAAGAGAAGGAGAGAGGCCAGCCAUCAGUGUGAUGAAUCAAGGAAAAAGACCAGAGGGUUCUCUGAGCCUACUGUGCACUACACUCUCAGUAAAGGAAAGAACAGUGAGAGUGGCAGCUCAUCUGUUGCCAUGGGAGAUGUCCCCACACUCUUCUCCACACCACCAUACAGCCCUGAAUCCUCUAACUCCUCUGGGAUUUCAGAAGAUGCAGCGUCUGAUUUCCUGUUGAAUGCCUACAGUGGUACAGAGCAAUGUCUCUCUCUCUCUCCGCAGCAGGCUUCUCCCUCAUAUCUCCACUGUAGUGGUAGUAGUUCCCCAGAACAGGAUGGUCACUUCUCCCCUUCCCCACAGCCCAUCCAGAGACUGUCUGAUCAGGCAUACCUCUUUAGCCCUUCCAGUGCGGUAUCUAGUUCCUUCUCCAGUCCCCCCAACCCUGCACCAUCCUAUUCUUUGCCAGGCACUCGAGCUGAAACUCACCUGGUUCCUGAUUACCAACCUACACUGGAGUCAUGUGAGAAUUUAUCGGACUGUGUUCUGCAUCCUGAGGACUUGAGCUUGCUUUCCCUGCCUGAACCACAGGGCAGUGUCAAUGAUUUCCAUACAUCCCAGGUCCCUCAAAACUCCAUGUCCUCAGUCCCAUCAGGGCUGUUAACCCCAGAUUCUUCCCCAAUUUUUGACAGGCAGUUCCACUACAGUGACAGAGAACAGGCAGAAAUCAGUAUUCUGGCUCACCAGAUUUCCUCUCUCGCCACUAGUUUCGAUAUAUACACCCAACAAGACCCUGUCCCUCAACUUCCACAACCUCUGCCCCAGCACACGGACUUAUCCUGGACACACACUCCAACACACACUCCCAAGUCUGAGCUGCUGCUGGACGAGAGCAUCAUUGAUAGCAUUUUGAAAGAACUAGAUGUUGUCCCAGGUAAAGAGGAGCUGCCCUGUGUUUGGAGUCAAGAACCUGCCACAGUAGACUCUACCAAAAUUCAGACUCUCGCUUUGGACGAUCUGGUGGACUCUCUCCCUCUUGAGCAGUAUCCCUUGGAAGAUGGUGCACUGAACUCCUGCAUCUUAAGACAGGCUUGUUGA